UUCAACCCAAUCCUGCCUAACUCUCAGGCUUGAUGAAUGAGCCUGAGACAGAGGAGCAGUCAGUCACUCGCAUCCUGCCGGCAGGGGUGGCUGUCGCCUCAGCCUCAGCUUUGCACACUGAAAUGAUCCUCCGUGUUAUUGCUGAGCGACCAAGGGACGCAGAAUGAGCUUGGGACUAGCAGGCACUAGCAGCCACUCCUCGGUCCAUAUGGCAUCGCUGGGCUUGGGGACUUUGACCUCAGGCGCCUUCUUCGGCAUCGUGGGGCGUCGGUUUAAAAGGAGGCGCAAGAAGCGCUCUGAGAGGAAAGACAAAAGUGGUCUCCGCCAGUCAAGAAGCCCUCAAAAGCAUUUUACCAUGGAUAUAGAAGAUGAAGAGAAUAUGAGUUCCAGCAGCGCCGAUGUUAAGGAAAACCGCAAUCUGGACAACAUGCCCCCCAAGGACAGCAGCACGCCCGGGCCUGACGAGGGCAUUCCACUCUCCAACGGGGGUGGUGGUAGCACCAGCCGGAAGCGGCCCCUGGAGGAGGGUAGCAAUGGCCACUCCAAGUACCGCCUGAAGAAGCGAAGGAAAACACCGGGGCCUGUUCUGCCCAAGAACGCCCUGAUGCAGCUGAACGAAAUCAAGCCUGGCUUACAGUACAUGCUGCUGUCCCAGACAGGACCCGUGCAUGCGCCUCUGUUUGUCAUGUCUGUGGAGGUGAAUGGGCAGGUCUUUGAGGGCUCUGGCCCUACAAAGAAAAAGGCAAAACUCCAUGCUGCUGAGAAGGCCCUGAGGUCGUUUGUCCAGUUCCCCAAUGCCUCCGAGGCCCACCUGGCCAUGGGAAGGACCCUCUCUGUGAACACAGACUUCACGUCUGACCAGGCCGACUUCCCUGACACACUCUUCAAUGGCUUCGAGACUCCAGACAAGUCCGAGCCACCCUUCUACGUAGGCUCCAAUGGGGAUGACUCCUUCAGCUCAAGUGGAGAUGUUAGCCUAUCGGCCUCCCCAGUGCCUGCCAGCCUCACUCAGCCUCCUCUGCCCAUCCCACCACCAUUCCCUCCCCCAAGUGGGAAGAACCCUGUGAUGAUCUUGAAUGAGCUGCGCCCGGGGCUGAAGUAUGACUUCCUCUCUGAGAGCGGGGAGAGCCAUGCCAAGAGCUUUGUCAUGUCCGUGGUGGUAGAUGGCCAGUUUUUUGAGGGCUCAGGGAGAAACAAGAAGCUUGCCAAGGCCCGGGCUGCACAGUCUGCCUUGGCUACUGUCUUCAAUUUGCACUUGGACCAAACACCAUCUCGCCAGCCUGUUCUCAGUGAGGGUCUUCAGUUGCAUUUGCCACAGGUUUUGGCAGAUGCUGUCUCACGCCUGGUCCUGGGUAAGUUCAGUGACCUGACAGACAACUUUUCCUCCCCUCAUGCACGAAGAAAAGUGCUUUCUGGAGUAGUGAUGACCACAGGUACAGACGUCAAAGAUGCCAAGGUGAUAAGUGUUUCAACAGGGACGAAAUGUAUCAACGGUGAAUACAUGAGUGACCGUGGCCUCGCACUAAAUGACUGCCAUGCAGAGAUAAUCUCCCGAAGGUCCCUGCUCAGGUUUCUUUAUGCACAGCUUGACCUUUAUUUAAAUAACAAAGAAGACCAGAAAAAGUCCAUAUUUCAGCGGUCGGAACGGGGCGGGUUCCGGCUGAAGGACGCCGUGCAGUUCCACCUGUACAUCAGCACCUCGCCCUGCGGAGACGCCCGGAUAUUCUCUCCCCACGAGCCAGUGCUAGAGGGUAUGACGCCAGAAUCUCACCAGCUGACAGAACCAGCAGAUAGACAUCCAAAUCGCAAAGCAAGGGGACAGCUACGGACGAAAAUAGAGUCUGGUGAGGGGACAAUCCCCGUGCGCUCAAACGCUAGCAUCCAGACCUGGGAUGGCGUGCUGCAGGGGGAACGGCUGCUCACCAUGUCCUGCAGUGACAAGAUAGCACGCUGGAACGUGGUGGGCAUCCAGGGGUCCCUGCUCAGCAUUUUCGUAGAGCCCAUCUACUUCUCCAGCAUCAUCUUGGGCAGCCUGUACCAUGGGGACCACCUCUCCAGGGCCAUGUACCAGCGGAUCUCCAACAUAGAAGACCUGCCACCACUCUACACCCUCAACAAGCCCCUGCUCAGCGGCAUCAGCAAUGCAGAGGCACGGCAGCCAGGGAAGGCACCCAACUUCAGUGUCAACUGGACAGUGGGCGACUCUGCCAUUGAGGUCAUCAAUGCCACAACAGGGAAGGACGAGCUAGGCCGCCCAUCCCGCCUGUGUAAGCACGCGUUGUACUGUCGCUGGAUGCGUGUCCACGGCAAGGUUCCCCCCCACCUGCUGCGCACCAAGAUCACUAAACCCACCACAUACCACGAAUCCAAGCUGGCAGCGAAGGAGUACCAGGCUGCCAAGGCACGUCUGUUCACUGCCUUCAUCAAGGCAGGGCUGGGCGCCUGGGUGGAGAAGCCCACAGAGCAGGACCAGUUCUCUCUCACUCCCUGAGCCAGACGGGUGUCAAGCGCAGAGUGCGAGGCUGCAGUGCCGAAUCGUCCCCCAGAGCCUUGCAUCUGAACUGGGACAGGUGUGCACCUUGGAGAGGGCAUGGGGAGUCUGGGGGAACCAGUGGACACCAAGCACCAUCCCCAGCAGCUCUCACCCCAACAGGGCAGCAUGGGGAUGUGUAGGGUGCCGGGCACCUCACAUCUGUGAAUGGGGAUCAGGUGCACAGUGGGGGCGCAUGGGGGGCACAGGGGCCCAUCACCACCCCUUGCCACACAUUUCCCCUCUUGAGCUACCCAGUGACCGCUUUAUAUCUCAGUUUACAUUAGACGUUGAGUUCUACUGAGUAGGGCUUCCUCGAGUAUAGGAAAAUAGAAAUUACCUUGUGUGAGAUUCUUGAAUAAGUAAUUUAUUCAGAGCUAGGAAUGAGAUUUAUAAAAUAAGAAGUAAUUAUGUCAGGUCACUUUUAUGCCACAUUAUUUUAAUUGCAAA